CCUGCGAUGCACGCCGCGCGCCACUCGAGUACCGAGCCCGUAGCUGCGCGCGCGCCGCACGCACACCACCACACGCGCAGACGCACGCAUGCACGCACGCACGCGACACUAGUGUGAUGCAGUGAUUCUUAACGUUUGUGAUAGAUUCUAUUGCUCUCUACGAGUGAUAACGCUGCUUGCAUAUUUUGAUUGCCAGAUAACGGAGACCGAGUUGCGACGAACUUAGCGGCCAGUAACGACUGAAGAAUAUUGGAACGAGUAACAAUAAGACUGACAAUGGAAUACUCAAGAGUAAUGCUGGUUGUCGUGGUACUGUGUGCACUGCUGAGCCACAGUAGCGGCGCGCCAGCGAGGAGGUCACGUGCAGCCGCGCUGCCGACUGAAGAACCCACUACAGUCCGCGAGAACAAACUACAGGAUGACUUCAAGGAGAUCACUACCACCACGGAGGCACCAAUCACGAGCAGGAGGAACAAAGCUCUCAAUCUGUUCGGUUUCUAUCCCUCCUUCCUCUCAUCGGGCAUAGACUUCACUGAGGACGACGAUGACAUUAACUUCACCGUGAACGACGAAAACUUCGAAGACGAAGACCUCUCGCGGACCAUCCCCAGCAGACGCCGACAGCAAAACAAGAAGAAAAACGGCAACGGACAGUACCCGAACGACAACAUUAACUCCUUGCAAUAUGAAAACUCCCCGAUCUUCUAUAUUAGGUUGCCUCCCACUCCUUACAUGUUUGUUCCUGGCUUAGGUUACGUGUCUCAGCCCCCUAGUCUAGGCCCACCGAUGGCUCCCAUGCUUCCUCAAGUGCCUCCUCAGGUAGCCGACCCUUUCAUCAAUCUACCCAUCGACUUCGUGUCUAAUGGAAAACCAACCGGAGUGUAUCAGUGGAGCGGUGCACCUUCCUUCCCUCAAAUGCCACAAGUGGAUCCCUUCGGUUAUGGAGGCCAGCCUAUGAUGCCCGCCAGGCCUGCGUACAAUGUACCAUCAUACUCACCUCCUAAGCCAAAGCCGGCUCCCUCGAACUCGAAAAUAACGAACCUCAAAGGCCAGUACGUGUUCAAUGGAAAGCCAGGAGACAACGUGUACGUCCUCAGAGACACCUACAACUCCAUAUACUCGGACGCCCUUCAAAACUUUUACCCUUAAAGCCUGAGAUACGUAGGAUAGGAUUGUGUCUGGCUCGUAUCGAGCUGCUGUAAUUAACGAAUUUCAAGGGACCAACGUGCGGAUGAAAAUAAUCAUAAAGGGAAAGUUUACAACCAAGUCAGUGAUCAGUAAUUAUGAGGAGGAAAGUUAAUUAUCCCCCCUCGAAGAUAACGAUGUUAAAUGAAAUCUCAAAAACAAUUAUAUGCGUAAGAAACGUGAGGGGCCAAUGACUACAAGCUGCCAAUUGUUGCAAUUACUUGCCAAGUUAAACCCGAGUGAUGGAGGCUCGAUGAAUUAUGAGUGAGAUCUGCUACUUAAUGAACUUUAUGUAAACGAAUUUAACAUUUUGUAUAGGUACUUUACUGUAAUGAAAAUACUCCAUUAGUAAAUUGUUGAAUUGUACGAUUGCUAAUACUAACAGAUUAAUGAUUUUAGAGACUGCGUGUCUCACAUUUUGCCAGAUUCAAGUUUUAAUACAAAAUUUAAAUGACCAAAAGCAAGGUGUCUAAAUAUGUUAAGUAAACUUCCUUGCGUUGCUGCUAGUUAUACUUACAUAGGUAGUUAUACAAUAAAACAUAUUAAUACCUAUUUAUUUUAUUAUGACUGGUGAUGCAUUUCAUAGUCUUAAUAUUUAAAUAAGUAUGAAUUAAAGUGUGUAAGUGUGUAGGUAGAAUUUAUUUUUACUUACAAUAAUGCUUUUUCUGCUAUUAAAUUAUGAAUUAACUUUAAGAAAACCUAGAGGUUUUGAUAAGGCAUACGGUCGAUAUUUAACCAUUUUUAACAAGAACUUACCAAUAAAAAGAUAACUUUAAGUAUCACAAAUUUUUAGAACAUACAUUCUAUUUAAGAAAUCAUCACACGAUUCAGGUAAAUUAUCGACCGUCUGCUUAAUCUUAUAUAAUCUUAGGUAGUGAUUAUUAUUUUGAGCAAUAACAUGUUUGAGUCAGCGCUAGAUGUAACUUAAAUAAUCAUUAAUGUAAAAUAAUUUAUUGAUCUUAUAUUUAUUCUUUAAAUUAUUUACUUAGAUCUAAGAUUUCUAAUUAGGUACAAAUAAUAAAAAAUAAAUAAACCGUCCAUAAUGAUAAGUGUGAAGAAUGAUAAUUAAUGAUAACUAACUUCGUAAACGCGCCGAAAUAUUUUUAGAGCUAAUUUAUAUUAUGUGAACAUUUUUUAAAGUAGUGAUAAAUAAUCUUCGGUUAAAUUGUAUUGUUGAUUGAAGAUUGAUGAAUCACCUAAGUACAUUAAUUGUAUUUUAUUGCUAGUGUUGUAUUUGACCUACAUUACCUUAAAUGGUAAUACAUAAAUACAAAAACUAGUCAGUAAAAUUUAUUUCCCUACAUGUAUACAAAAUAGUAAAAGUGUCCAAUUUCUUCAUGAAUAAGUAAAACACAACCUUAGGAAAAAAAAGCAUCAAGAAAAUACUGUAUUGCCCUGCAUUUGUAUGCAGUUUGGUAGAUAAUAUUUACUGUGCGAUACGAAUAACCUUGUAUUCCCUAAUCUGUAUUUAUAGAAAUAUAGAAAUCUACGAAGUAUUUUAUAAUACAAAAUGUCACAAUUUUAGUGUAAGAUAGUUAUGAAUAAAUUCGUCCCGUCCCAGUGGAUCUAAGUAAUCGAUAUUGUACCUAAAUUGUAGGUUCUACUCAGUAGAUAGAUGUUGUAGAUGAUAACAAAAUGAUACAUCCGCAUUAUAGACUUAUGAAAAUUAAGACAAUUAAAACAUUUUUAUAAUA